UCUAUAUUUUCUUUACUCUUUGGCUGUGACUGAAAACGAAAACUGAAAAUCUGAAAGCCGGUUGUUGGAAAUACAUUAUCUCGUAAUUUUUUUAAUUUCUUUUGUUAUUGUAAAUAUAUUUAGAUUUACGUUCAACACAUUAAAUUGUCAUUAACUAUGCUGACAAUGCAGCGUCUUUUAUUCAUAUGUAUUGUUCUAAUUGCACCUGCCAUUUAUGAAGCUUCAAAUGCUGCAAUUGGCUCAGUUGGAUUAGACGAAAUUUCCUUUGAUAAAGUUAUAAAAAAAUUCGAAGCUACUCUGGUGAAAUUCGAUGUGGCGUUUCCGUACGGCGAUAAACACGAUGCUUUCGUGGCACUUGCGAAGGACGCGAAAGAAUUGGAUGAUCUUUUGAUCGCUGAAGUUGGAGUGAAAGAUUAUGGCGAAAAAGACAAUGAACAACUGGCGAAUAAGUACGGUGCUACAAAAGAUAAUUUUCCUGUAGUAAAAUUGUUCAUCAAAGGUAAGGAUGAGCCCAUACCCUUUGAUGAAAGUAGAGGCUUCACCAGUGAUGAAUUGAGAAGGUUUAUUCGAGAGAAGACAGGGAUGUACUUAAGCUUGCCAGGCUGUGUAAAAGAGCUAGAUAAACUUGCCCAAAAAUUUAUGAAAGCUAGCAUUGAAAAUAGAAAGAAAGUAUUAAAGGAAACUGAAGAUAUUCAGAAAAAAUUAUCAAGCAAAGAUGCUACUUCUGGAAAAAUCUACAAAACAAUAAUGGAAAAAAUUCUAGAAAAAGGUAAUGAUUUUAUUAACACUGAGAGUGAAAGAGUGAAGAAAAUCCUUAAUAGCAAAGUAUCUGAAGAGAAGAAAAAAGAACUCGGAAUUCGAACUAAUGUAUUACAAAGUUUCCAACUACUAUCUAGUAAGCAUGGUAAUGUGAUCGGAGGAAAUGAUGAACUGUGAUAGUUAUAUUAAUAACAGUUACUAGAUAGUUACUGUCUAUGAUGUUAAUAAUUAGUUCACAUCUAAUUUUGUGUGCUGAGUACUUUAGAUACUUCAACAUUCCAAGAAGUAUGUUUGUGCACUAAUAACUAAAUUAAUCUUAUAAAUUAUUAUUUCAUUUUUAGUACACAAAUAUAAUCAGAAGGACAUAUCUAAGCAAUGUUUUUGUGAAAUUAGAUUGCACAAUUGCACUGAACAUUUGAAAAUAAAGUGUGACAAUUUAUAUAAAAUAUUUGUUUCAUUAGACAACU